AUGGUGGACAAAAGCACUCCAUGCAGAGUUACUAGAGGCAUACCCAAUUAUCUGCACCAUUAUGAUGAUGGUCCAUCUUUUAAUUUGUGUAUCACUCAAAAUGAUGAAGAAAUUGCAGGCUCUGUUGCUAGAAUGGAUGCUGAGAGUAGUAUUAAGAAGCGCCAUGACCCGGUAAGUAUGGAAACAAUGGGAGUUGAAGGUUCAAAAUCUACCAAACGAAAAGAUGUCGUUGAUUCAUCGAUAUCUGAAGCAUCCCUACCAAGUAUUGAAAAGCGGAGAAAAGUUAUCGAUGGUUCUUCAGUUAGCAAGGGAAAAAAUGUUGUUGAAGAUGUUCCUUCAAAAGCAGGGGAGAGUAAGUUUUUUCUGAAAGAUCCUCCUACUCAUUCGGUGCACAUGAGUUGUUACACCAAUGUUGAAGUAUUUAAAGAUCUCAAGGAAAAACUAACUGAUAAGCAGUACAAAAUAUUUGGGGAAACUUGCUUUGGUGUAUUCACCCGAAUGCAACACUGUGAUGUUCAAGCACAAAUGUUGAGGUGCUGCAUGGUGAGAGAACUUAUUGGAAGUACUCCUGAUGCUUUUUUGAUUGAUAUAAAUGGUAAUGAAUUGCGGUUUUCUAUUAGAGAAUUUGCAAUAAUAACUGGUUUGAAGUGUGUUAGUGAUGAAGAUGCUUUUAAAGUUAACCGCACGGGUAAAAACGGGAUUUUGGAGACAUAUUUUGGUGGUUCUAAGAAAAUGCCCUCAAAGGCAGAUUUGAUUGAAUGCUUCACAGAUAAAAAUUGGGGCCUCAAUGAUGCUGAUGCCGUUAAAAUUGCUGUCCUCUAUUUCAUUCAUACCUAUAUCUUGUCCAAUGAGAAGAAUGCAGUAAAAAUACCAAGGCUACACUUUGAUUUGGUAGAGUCUGGAAGAUAUGUGGAUUACCCAUGGGGUAAGAAAGCAUUCAAUGAGUUGAUUAAAAGUAUGACUCACAAGAUGACUUCUGAGAAAAAGUUUUAUAGGCUCCAUGGAAUGCCACUUGCUAUGCAAGUUUGGCUUUAUGAGUGUUGUUCAUUUGUUGACGCCACACUUGCAGUCAAGACGGGCAACAACAUUCCCAGAAUGCUAAAUUGGACGACCAUUGAAAGUCAGCCAAGCUUUAAGGAACUGAUGGACGACAUGUUUAAAGAAGAUAACACCCUGUCAAAGACACAGUUCAAAGACACAGUUACAAUUCUUGUAUACACUGGCAUUUUGACUGUAGCAUAUAAUUCAUACACUGAAAUGCGUAUUUUUGCCAACAUAGUCCCGACGGUCGAUGAGCUUGCUUGUCUUCAAUUGCCCCCACUUGUCAAUGGUGUACCAGAAAGUACCACUGCCCCCGUCCUUGAUGAUGAUGAUUUUGCUUCUACACCACCCCAUAACGACACACAUCAAAAGGGAGUUGUUCAAUCAGAAUCUCUACCGUCUAAGAAACGUAGGCAGAUGUCUGUUGGGACUUCGUCAUCAAAGAAAGCAGAUCUGCAACGCGAAACAAUUCCAAUUUCCAACAUUGCUCCCCGUAGGAAGACGCCUAUUGUACAAACAAGAAAGUCGGCUUCUCCAAUUGGGAAUGAACAAGUGCAUGUAAAUACCCCAUCUGUCCAGUUCCUGACAUCUACCAAACAAGACGAGUUGUGUCUCAUGAGGCAAGAAAUUGAUGAAUUUAAGAAGUCGGUGAAGGAUGAGUUCAAUGAUUUGCACAAAUUGAUCAAUGACAACUUGACAACGAUUCUUCAAGCUAUUGAAGUAAUUAAAGGGAAUAAGGAUUCUGAAAAGGGUGCUGCUAGAGAAUCUACAUUUCAGCAACAUAAUAAUGGAAUACACAAUAAAUCAUCGAUACAAAACGGGAGUUAUACGGCUCAUUUUCCAACAGAGGUAUCUGAUGAGUUGCCUACUGUAUUCAUAAAUAUAACACCUUAUAUUUUACUGAAACAGUUUAAACGGUUGUAUUCAUAUCUCAGUCCAGGCCUAGUGGGAGAUGUUGGUGUGAACGAGGUUAAUUCUACUGGUGAUACAUUAAGGGUUCAACACAGGAAAUUCAGGGACCAGACAGCUGAUGUUAUCGUUGUUACUCCUGCUGCCAUACCUAUCAACGAAGGAAGCAACAUGUUAGUUCAUGAUAAUAUUGUGAAAGGUGUAUCUUCUUCUUCAUUUUGUGCCGGUACAUAUCAUUCUAAUCAAGUGACGCCGUACAAUGUCGUUGUUGAGUUUGAGGGUAUUCAUGUUGGUAAGGAACAGGAACAUGUGCCUCAGUAUGAGCUGGCGGAUGAAUUCCUUCCAACACAGAAUACUAUAACAAAAAUUGUCAUGACUUUGCGUAAAGAGAGGCGUCCUGGCCCUUUGCAAAUGUCUCCUUACAUGACAAAUUUUGGGUCAGCUUCAGGUAGUUCAGUUAAGUUGACAGAGAUAUUUGACAAAAAACACCCAUUUGAUAAUAAUUGCAUCACGGGGCGACAUGAUGCCAAGCUGUUCGGUGAAUUCUCAAAAUGGGUAAAAGAGGAGCUGCUUGUUAGGCAUGAUAGCAAAAAGAACAAAGAGGACCACUACAAAAAGGGUAAGCCAAAACUGCCAACAUCCAUGGACUGUGGUAUUAAGAAAAUCAGCGACAAAAAUUGGUUCUACCUUUUAUCAAUGGAGGGUCAGAUGUGGAAUGACGAGCAUCUUGAUGACAUGUUUUACUACUUCCGGAAAAAAGCCAAAUAUGAUACAAAUAGCACAUACAAGUUUACCACUGUAGACUGUGUUUUCAAUACCAAAAUUGAUGCUAUUCACAAAGGCUAUCUUGGCCCGGAUGGUGCCAUAAGUGUUGGGAAACAAGAAGAUGUUUUAUGUGAAUACGUUAAAGGCCACCGGUUGCAUUGCACUGUUCCGUGGCAUUUGGUUGACUAUGUAUUCAUCCCAGGAGUUGAUUGGAAUUAUCACCCUGCGUACAAAGACAAAGCACCGGCUGACAAAUUUGACGUCAUGUUUAUUGACAAUUUCCCACAACAGAGGCCUGGAAGCAUGGAUUGUGGAAUGUAUGUUGUUGCAGAUGCGGAGUAUUUGAGUCAGGGAGAAGGUAUUCCACAUGGAGACCUUGAUGCAGAAUUACUUCGUACGAGAUAUGGUGCUCUUUUGUGGGAUUACGCUAAAAGGAAGAUGGAAGAAAAUGCCGAAAGCGAUAAUGAGGCACCUCCGAAUUGUUAG